UGCUUAACUGUUAAAAAUAGCGGCAAAUGGCGUCAACAUUACUUGACAUGCGCCUCCUCUUUCGGACAGGCUAUGGAUGUCUCUCACAUACGCAACUAGGCCGAAGCGGCAUUGUUGAAACUCUCAGCACAAGCAGCACAUUCCGUAGUCAACACACACUUGCGGAGUCUGCCGAACGGAGAAGCAGCAAGGAUGUGGAGUCCGAAUCGGCCCCCAGCACCUCCUCCUCCGCACAGCCCGCUCCCCCCGUCAUGCGCUUCGUAAGCUCGGAAAAGCGGCAGCGCCCGGAGCCCCCCGCAACCCGCCUGCCCAUCUGCUUCCCAACCCUCAGUCUGCAGCUGCUUCGGAUGCCCGAUGAGCAGCUGGCGCAGCUGCGGGAGACGGGCUGGGUGCGGGAGGCGGCAUUCAAGACCACCCCGGAUGUCACAAAGUUGGAGAUCGCCGCCUUCCUGGAGUCCGUGUACGGCAUGUCGGUUGAGCGGGUUCACACCAUCAACUACCUGGGCCGGCGGCGGAUGACGUUGGGGCGCUUCGGGCACCGGCAGUGGUGGCGCGAGGACGACUGGAAGAAGGCGUACGUGGUGUUCCGGCCGCCGCCGGGGAUGGAGCACCUGGUGGAUGCGGAUGAGGGGAAGAAGGGGACAGCAGGAGAGGAAGAGGAGGAGGAGGAGGAGGAGAGGCCGGUGAUUGAGAGGAUUCGGGAGGCGGUGCGCGCGCCGAAGCCGAUGCCGAAGAAAUGGAAGUGGGAGAGGGAGCAGGGAGCAAAGUAAGGGUGUGGGUAUGGGUUAGGAGGGGUGAGGAAGGGUAGGGAAGAGACGUGUGGUGCAUGUUGGGAGGGAUUUGGUGUAUGCACGGGCUUUGCUUCGGGGAAUGUGCUUAGUAGGAUGUGUGGGUUUGGGAGGUUUGUUACUUAGUGGGUGCAUGGGGGUAAUGAGGCCAUGGUGGUGAUGCGGGCAAACGGGUUGAAGGGGACAUGGGGAAAAAUUAUAUAAGUGAAACAACGAAUCCCAAUCCCAUAUCCCGACUCAUGCAAGAAGGGGACAUGGGGAGGGCACGGUACACCCAGGGCAGCUGGCAGCUUUCAUGAAGUCCACGCAACGGACUGCCUGUGUCAAGCAGUUUGAGCGCAUGAGCAAAAGCGUCCAUUCGGCUUGUCGCUUUACCGUAUCUGGGGAGGCCGUCUUGUGACAGAUGUGACACUCGUGAAACGGGUGUGCAUGUUACCGCGGGGGCGGGAGGAUGG